CAAAGCAGGCAGAUUAAUUGGCUUGCAGCGUGGUCACAAUCUCAGCGGACGUCUAGCAAUACGCAAAGACCGCAAUUAACAGCCAACGCUUGAGAAGAGUGCAGUUGAAUGGAGAGUUGUGACGUGUGGUUAACAAAUUUAGUACUUUUUUAAGAAAUAACACUUGACUACAUAGAAUAACGAUGCUGGGGCUUAAGAAACUUCAGUGGACUCUCGGUAUUAUUUGCCUUAUCGGGGCUAUGUUCGCUUACAGACGAAGCAACUCGGUGUUCGAAUCAGAGGUCCCAAAGCUAAGCCUUCAUCAAUGGUGGGGAGAGGGCGCGGAACCAGAAGACUGGGCUGCAUAUGUGAAAAAUUCAUCGGAGGUGGUUGGUAAUAGACUCAUAUUCCCGGAUUCGACCAUUGACGAACUGCGACAGAGAUUGAAUCGCACAUUACGUCUGACUGAGUCAAUGACUCCAGAUUUUAGAAAUGGUUUCAACACUCAGGAGCUACUGAAAAUCGUUGAUUAUUGGCGUGAUAAAUAUAUGCCACGUUGGCGAGAACGUGAAGUGUUCAUGUGGCAGUUCAACCACUUUACAACCGAAAUUCAGGGCCUGCGUAUGCAUUUUUUGCAUUUAAUGAUUUACGAAGAGAACAAGGUUGGCAAACACCAUUACCCUGUACUUUUGCUGCAUGGCUGGCCCAGCUCAAUACGGGAAUUUUACCCGCUCAUGCACAAGCUUCAGCAAACGCAUUUGGAUAAAAACAACCCGUACAUAUUCGAUGUGGUGGUGCCGAGUAUACCGGGUUUCGCUUGGUCGCAGGGUACUUCCAGGGAAGGUCUGGGACCAGCGCAAGUCGCCGUCAUUAUGCGCAACUUGAUGCUUCGCCUGGGUUAUAAGAAAUUCUUCAUACAAGGCGGUGGUUUUGGUUCGGUAAUCGGCUCGCAUAUGGCAACAAUGUUUCCAGAAAAUGUACUUGGAUAUCAUUCAAAUUUAUGUACUGUAUUUACGAGUAGAUCGGUUAUGAAGGGAAUUUUAAACGCCAUAAAGCCAAACUUUUUCUUCCGCCAUGGCUUUGAGGAGAUGUUCCCACAUUGGGAGUCAAUAAAACGUUUAAUUGAAGAAACUGGAUACUAUCACCUACAAGCAACAAAACCGGAUACAAUUGGCGCUGUGCUCUCUGACAAUCCCGUCGGUUUAGCCGCUUACAUUUUGGAUAAGUGGUCUUCUUUGACGAAUAAAUACUAUAAGGAUAGUUCUAACGGUGGUCUGCGUAAACGCUUCAAGCUGGAUACGCUCCUGGAUAAUGUAAUGAUAUAUUAUUUGACUGAUUCCAUAACUACCUCUUCACGUCUUUUCGCCGAACAUCAUUCUCCUGAGCAACGCGCACUGCAUAUGGAUAGUGUUCCGACGGAUGUGCCGACGGGUUGUGCACGUUUCAAACACGACUUGAUACACUUUCAAGACAACCAACUGAAGGAUAAAUAUCGGAACUUAAUUCACAGCACAUACUAUAAAGAUGGCGGUCACUUUGUUGCUUUAGAAAUGCCCCAACUGUUGUAUACAGACUUUAUUGAAUUUGUCAAGAAGGUGGAGAAGUUUAGUAUUUAAGCUCUAAGAAAACCUUGUUGAAAUUUAAAAUACUUUUGUUCUAAAGUUUGUGUGACAUAUCACUACUGUGACUUAAUAAAAUGUUG